UGCGGGUGCCUCUCGGGAUAUCUCUUUCCUCACAGGCCUGGAGAUCGGGCACCCACGGCUCUUCCCCUCAUUCCAGCCGGGCGAUCAGCUCAGGUUUGGGAAUGGGAAAUCCUGCGCAGGGGGGGAAAUCAGACCAGAUCAGGGUGCAUGGAGGAUAUGAGAGCGCAUCUGUCACCAAGGACAUUCUGUGAACGGAACCUGUCCCUGUGCUGUGCUGGAGAACAUGGAACCCAAGAGGAUGGGAACAUGGUCACUGAGUCCUCUUGGGAGAGGCAGACGUCUGGGGAGGUGAGGGGAAUGUUUACACCCUCACUAGGAGUUGCCAGGAUCUGUGCAGUCUAGGGGCCUUGCUAAUGCACACACAGCUCUGGCGUUAAACUCCUGCCUAUUUCUAAGGCCUUGGCUACACUUGCGAGUUACAGCGCUGUAAAGCCGCCCCCAGCGCUGUACCUCGCUCCCCGUCCACACUGGCAAGGCAUUUGCAGCGCUGUAUCUCCGCGGCUACAGCGCUGCUGGUACUCCACCUCCCCGAGAGGAAUAAAGAAUAUUGCGCUGCCGCUGCUGCGCCAGUGUGGCCACCCAAUGCGCUCCGAUUGGCCUCCAGAAGUAUUCGGCAGUAUCCCACAAUGCCUGUUCUAGCCACUCUGGUCAUCAGUUUGAACUCUACUGCUCUGUCCUCAGGUGACCAACCUUUAUAUUCCCCGGGAAUUUUAAAAAUCCCCUUCCUGUUUGCUCAGCCAGGCGUGGAGUGCUCUCAGUGACCAUGUCUCCACACGUCAAGUGAGCCCCGGUAUGGAGCAAUGGCGAGUUGCUGGACCUCAUCAGUGUUUGGGGGGAGGAAGCUGUCCAAUUCCAGCUGCGCUCCCGCCGUAGGAAUUAUGAUAUCUUCAGGGAGAUAUCAAGGGUCAUGAUGGAAAGGGGCCAUGACCAGGAUGCCCUGCAGUGCAGGAUUAAAGUGAAGGAGCUGCGGAGUGCCUACCGCAAAGCCCACGAGGCAAACGGCCGCUGGGGUGCUCCCCCCGUGACCUGCCAAUUCUACAAAGAGCUGGACGCGAUGCUUGGGGGUGACCCCACCUCCACUCCGAGCACCACCAUGGACACUUCAGAGUGGGGGGAGGAGGAUGAAAGCGGGAGUGAGGGUGCUGGGGCGGGGGGAGACACCCUGGAAUCCCUGGAGCCAUGCAGCCAGGAGCUCUUCUCAAGCCAGGAGGAAGGUAGCCACUCGCAGCGGCCAGUACUUGGUGGAGGACAAACAGAAGAGCAGGUUCCCGAUGCAACCUUGAGAUCUCAGCCGUCCGUGUUAUCACCGGCUGAGAAACUUCAAAAACUCCAGAAGAGACCGCAAAAAAGCAAAGGAGACACGCUGCAAGAAGUGAUGCAUCAAUCUCUUAAAGAGAAUCAAAAAGCGCAGGAGUGGAGGGAGAGUGAAAGCAGGAUCCGCAAGGAAAACGCAGCGCACCGGAAGCAAAGCAUGGAUCGGCUGAUAAGCAUCAUGGAACACCAAGCGGACUUUAUCCAGGCGCUUAUAGUCAUGCAGGCGGAGCACUACCGCGCCCGCCACCCCCCCCUGCAGCCCUUGUCCCAAAACUCUUUCCCUUGUGCCCCAACCCACUUUCCCCAACAUCUGGAUUCUUACCGCCACCAGCUGCCUCCAACACUUAUAUCUUCACCACCCAGCCCUGAAAACUAUGACCCUUACCCUCUGCACUCAACCCCCAUCACCAGGCAUUUUAGCCAUCCUGAAGUACAGCCCUCAUUGCACAGCACUCCAGACAGGACAUACGCAAAUCUGAGAUUGUACCAUUCCGCACCCUACCCCAUUGCCCUUUCUGUUUCCCAAGCAGUUGUGUUUCUUUUUAAUAAAUGGAUUUUUUGGCUUUGAAAACAUUCUUUAUUAUUGCAUAAAGUAAAAGAUACCUUAGCCCAGGAAAGAAACAGGCACUGCAAGUCUGCUUAGCAAACACAGAUUCCUACUAACAUUGUAACCACUGCACUUCACUCCCGUGCAGGGCACCAGAUAUCACUGCUGGUUUUCAGCCUCAAAUUGCUCCCUAAAGGCCUCCCUAAUCCUUGCAGUCCCGUGCUGGGCCCCUGUAAUAGCCCUGAUCUCUGGCUGUGCAAAUUCAGCCUCCAGGUGUUGAACCUCGGAGGUCCAUGCCUGAGUGAAUCUUUCACCCUUCCCUUCACAAAUAUUAUGGAGGGCACAGCACGCGGAUAUAACCGCGGGGAUGCUGUUUUCACCCAAGUCCAGCUUCCCGUACAGAGAUCGCCAGCGGCCCUUUAAAUGGCCAAAGGCACACUCCACAGUCAUUCGGCACCGGCUCAGCCUAUAGUUGAACCAUUCCUUGCUGCUGUCAAGGCUCCCUGUGUAGGGUUUCAUGAGCCAUGGCAUUAGAGGGUAAGCGGGAUCUCCAAGGAUCACAAUGGGCAUUUCAACUUCCCCUACCGUGAUCUUCCGCUCUGGGAAAAAAGUCCCGGCCUGCAGCUUCCUGAACAGGCCAGUGUUCCGAAAGAUGCGUGCGUCAUGCACCUUUCCGGGCCAGCCUGUGUUAAUGUCAAUGAAACACCCACAGUGAUCCACAAGCGCCUGGAGAACCAUAGAGAAAUACCCCUUCCGAUUAACAUACUCGGAUGCUAGGUGGGGUGGUGCCAGAAUAGGAAUGUGCGUCCCAUCUAUCGCCCCUCCACAGUUAGGGAACCCCAUUUGUGCAAAGGCAUCCACAAUGUCCUGCACAUUACCCGGAGUCAUGGGUCUUCUGAAUAGGAUGCGAUUAAUGGCCUUGCAAACUUGCAUCAACACGAUUCCAACAGU